AUGAGUUGGGCAAGUCAAAAUGUGCCUCAAGGAGGCAUGUUACACCCUGCCAAGGCUCAAUACAGACCAGAGACUUAUCAAUUCUUGAAAGUUCCAAGUAAAGGAAAGGAAGAAAGUAAACUAACAAUGAUGCAAAGAAACAAAAUAAAUUACGCUCUAAAAAAUGGAGAACCUUUACCAAGUUUAUCCAGAAGAAGAAAAGGUCUGUUGAAAAUACCAGGGAUUACUAUUCGACCAGGAUCACCGAUUGAUCCGUAG